AUGGAUAAAGCCAUUCAGCAUCCCAGUGAGAUUCUCUCUAAUCAAACCCUCUCUAACAUUAGCUACUCACAGUUUCUGAACUUUGAAACAUGCCAACUGUCUUUCCUUGCAGAACUCCUGCUUAUCACAGCCUACACAUUAGUUACAGCAGUGGGGCUCUUUGGAAAUCUUUGUCUGAUCGUUAUCAUAAAGAGGCGGAAGGAAACUCAAAAUGUUACCAACGUUUUGAUUGCCAACCUCUCUUUAUCAGAUAUCUUGAUCUGCAUCAUGUGCAUUCCUGUCACAGUUGCAUACACCUUAAUGGACUACUGGAUCUUUGGGGAAGCUAUGUGUAAAAUAACUUCUUUCACACAGAGCGUGUCUGUCACGGUCUCCACCUUCUCACUUGUACUGAUUGCUAUCGAGAGAUACCAGUUAAUAGUGAACCCACGUGGCUGGAAGCCUACUAUUUCCCAUGCUCACUGGGGAAUCCUUCUCAUCUGGGGCUUUUCCCUCACGAUCUCCAUUCCUUUUUUAAUAUUUCACCAGUUAACUGACGAACCCUUCGAACAUCUGUCUUCCCAUAGUGAGUUCUAUAAGAACAAGGUCGCUUGCGUCGAAGCUUGGCCAUCUGUUGCGGCACAACUGACUUUUACCACUGCCCUGCUGGUUUUCCAGUACUGCCUCCCACUGGGCUUUAUUUUUGUCUGCUAUCUCAAGAUCUUUGUAUGUCUUCGAAGGAGACACUGUAAAAUAGAGAGGAUGAGGGAGAGUGAGAGCAGGCUGAGCGAGAACAAAAGGAUUAAUGUGAUGCUGAUAUCCAUUGUUGUGACUUUUGCAGCUUGCUGGUUGCCUCUCAAUAUAUUCAAUGUUGUUUUUGACUGGAACUACGAAGCACUCAUGAGCUGUAAUCACAACCUAGCAUUUACAAUAUGCCACCUCGUGGCCAUGAUCUCUACAUGCAUCAAUCCCAUCUUUUAUGGAUACCUUAACAAGAAUUUCCAGAAGGAUUUGGUGGUAUUAGUUCACCACUGCAGGUGCUCAGCAUCACAAGAGGAAUACGAAAACAUUGCCCUUUCAAACCUGCAAACCGAUGCAUCCAAGGCAUCUCUGAAAUUAACUAACCCCCCUGUGGAUAUCUAA